AUGUCUCGGAUCAACAUCCCUUUCGAUCUGAUUUCGUCCAGAUUUAAUCUGUCUGACAGAUUUUCUGGUGUGCGGGCACAAUCUCUAUCUACCAGAUUUGCCAACCUCAAGCCUGUCAAUGAAUUCUUCGAUUUCAAACGCCUCUCCAAGCCGGCAAACUUUGGUGAAGUUCAGUCCAGAGUCAACUAUAACCUUGGACACUUCGCCAGCAACUACUUUGCUUUGUUCAUUAUGCUUAGUAUUUAUAGCUUGCUCACCAAUCUCCUACUCUUAUUCGAUAUCAUCCUUGCCGUAGGAGGAAUGUGGGCUAUUGGAAAGCUCGAGGGCCAAGAUUUGAACUUAGCUGGUUUCCAAGCUACAUCCUCGCAGCUUUACACCGGUCUCUUAAUUGUCGCAGUUCCUCUUGGAAUCAUUGCGUCACCAUUCACAACACUUCUCUGGCUCAUUGGAGCAAGUGGAGUUAGCAUCAUAGGACAUGCCUCAUUCAUGGACAAACCAAUCGAUGAGGCUUUUUCCGGGGAGGCGGGGAGCAGGAGGAGGAGGCAGUGGGAGCAGGAUCAAGGGCAUUGGCAACAGUCGCGUGUCGAGGAGCUUGAUAGCGAGGGUGAUACAGAUACACAAGGCGUUGGGUUACAUCUGGGCGCGAAACGAUUUGCAAGCGAUCCACUUCAUUUCACGGGUAUAGAUAUUUCUUCAAACACAAGGCCUAGGCGAGGUUAUUCUUAUGACGAGGCCGAGCGAUCUUCCGAGUCCGAUUCCGAAUAUUCGGACUACCAUGAAGGUGGUGACAAACAAUUAGCUUUACGAGGGGAUAACGAGGAAGCAAUAGUACAAAGUGCUCUAGCUCGUAUUCGACGCGCUCAAGAAAAGGGAAGACAAGACGUGAAGCUCACGCAAGAAGAGCUUGAUGCAUUGGAACGCCGACGAAUUCGUAUGCAAGCCGCUGCUGCCGCAAAAGCUGCCAAAAAAGGAAGCAGUGGAAGCGGAGCUGAAAAGAAACGACGAAGCGAUCGAAAAACUGUUGAUAUUGCAUCUCUUAUGGACCCCAAGCCAGCCAGUGAUCCAAAGAAAAGAAAGUCGAAAAGAAAAUCUGGUAGUUCUUCCCACAGUGCUGCCGCGGGACCUGGAAUCAUUGUUGAUGGACCUGAUGGACCUUCGUAUACUCCAAUAGGUGGUUACCUUCCUUCGGACAGAGGCACAUCUCGUUCUCGUUCAUCAGCACGUCAUGGUCAUUCACCCCCAGGUCGUCAUAAUUAUUCCGGUCCUGCCGAUAUUUCUUAUACUUCCAUUCGACGCAGUCCACCACAGGGCUAUGCUGCCACCGAUAGGAUCCCUUCUGAUUCAUCCCUCAGACAUCGGACUUCUCCGAGGGGAGAAAGAGAAGUCAUAACUAUUCCUGAUAGUAGUGAAGAUUCAGAUUCAAGCGAUGAGCUAGCAAGAGGAGUACAAGUUUUUCCGGAGGAACGAGAACGAGUAGUCUCUAGGAGACCUGCACCUGUGAUUGGGAGUGGGAGUGGAAGCGGGAGAAGAAAAGGCAAAGGAAGAUAA